AUGGCUCGGAACCAUGCAAACGCUGCCCCGGAGAAGCCAGUCGAGGAUAAGGUUGAAAGUGAACUGCGUCAGCUAGAAACUGCAGAUGAUACGCAAUUCUACAAUUUUGACCCCGAAAUCGAGAGGAAGGUCGUUCGAAAACUUGACUGCGUUAUUCUGCCUCUGAUGGUGCUCGUAUAUUUCUUCCAAUACCUCGAUAAGCAGACAAUCAACCAGGCCGCAGUAUUUGGUCUACGAAGUGACCUCAAGCUCACAGGUCAAGAGUUCUCAUGGGCUGUCUCGUUAUUCUACCUCGGCCAGCUUUGUUCAGAAUACCCAGCUGCGAUCAUGCUCUCCAGAUUUCCGAUCACAAUCUAUGUCGGAGUAACUAUAGUAAUAUGGGGUGGGGUAAAUAUGUGUCUGGCUGCUGUUCACAACUUCGCGGGACUGGCGGCGGUGCGAUUUUUCUUAGGGUUCUCCGAAGGCAAGACUCACUCACAUACCCUUCCGCUCCCAAGUCUGACUAUCCCACUAGGAACCGUCUCGCCAGCUUUCAUUAUUAUCACGAGUAUUUGGUACAAGCGCAAGGAACAUCCGAUUCGCGUUGCUACAUGGGUAUCAAUGAACGGUAUAGCCAAUAUUAUAGGUGCUCUCAUGAUGUAUGGUAUCGGAAAGGGAAACAUGUCACUUGCCCCGUGGCGAUCCCUCUUCCUGAUAUGCGGAGGUCUAACCUCCGCGACUGGUCUCUUAUUCAUCUUCUUGAUGCCCCGAGAUACGACAACGGCUUGGUUCCUGAACCCACAGGAACGAGAAGUGGCAACUCAGCGCAUGGCGAUCGAUCGCGCUACCCGAGACCAUGCAGUUUUCAGCAAAGCUCAACUCAAGGAAGCACUCUCGUCGCCGAUGACUUGGAUCUAUUGCCUGAUGGGAAUAUGCAUCACCCUCACGACACCCAUAAUGAAGGUAUUAACCCACUCUCUUCCCACUCCAAAGUACAGCUCCACCGUCAUACACGGCUUCGGCUACUCAACAUACAAAACAAUGCUCGUUGGAACACCCGCUGGGGCAUUCAACUUCAUCACCGUCUGGAUCGGCGCCAUCAUUCCUCGCAUUCUACCCGGAACAAGAGUUUACACCGCCAUCGGUCUCUCUAUCGUACCUCUCCUAGGAUCAAUAUUGCUCAUGACGCUUCCAUAUUCCGGCGGCGCGGACUGGGGAAUAGUGGUAGCGACCUGGCUCGGAGGAUGCAGCUCUUCGUUGAUAAGUAGCGCGGCCAGCAUUAUCGCCAGUAAUGUGAAGGGUAACACGAAGAAAAGUAUCGUAUCAACUGCUUUCUUCGUUGCAUACUGCGUUGGAUGCAUUGUUAGUCCGCAGGCGUGGACAGAGGACGAUGCUCCUAGGUACACGAAGGGUUGUAUUCUGAGUAUUGCGGCCAUGGCUUGCUUGAUACUUACUUUCUUCGUUUAUGUGUUCAUGGUGAAGACGUUGAACAGGAGGCGCGAUCGCAAAGCGAGCGAGGGGUACUUUGAGUAUAUCGUUGAUAGGGGCGAUGGAAGUGGUCGUAUAGGGGUUUCUGUAGAUUCGGAUCAUACUGAUGUUGAGGACAAGGCGUUUAGGUACACUAUUUGA